AUGCUGAAUUCAAGCAAUCGCAAAUUAGAUGCUCCAUCGUCGUUGAGGCCUUCCAGAGGAUCGAAUACGAAAGGAAAGGGGAAAUCGUCGUUGUUGGUGGGACGUAGUAGCAGUAGACGAUCAACGCCAUCCAAUCAACAUAAAAGACGUAUUUUAUUUGAAACCAAUGAAUUCACCAUUGAAGAUGUGGGCACACUACCUGUACAGUUAUCCGAACGUUUAACAGCCAUGAGAGGUUCUGAAAAUGUUACCGGUCGGAUUACUCCUUCUGGUUGGUCAUACAUCAUCUUCAAGAAUAAUCUCUUUGUUUGGAAGCAAAGUGUCAUCGACAAGCAGGCAACCAAUCUUUGUCACCAAUUCCCCUUGGCUCCUACAAAUUAUUCUUACUCUGCCAAUUUAAUUAGCAUUCUUACUGUGGAUACAGAAAACAGUGUUUCUAUCGUCGCGGUUUCUCCUGAUGGUAUUGUGCGCUAUUGGCCUAAUUUUAUGCAGCAAGCGACCUACUUUGAAAUGAAAAUCGUAGAAAUUGGUGAAAAUGAUUGUUGCUUUAUGACUGUGAUUAAUCCUUUUGGAUGCAUUUUAUCUACGAAAUCCAGCAAAUUAUUUCUAUUACAACCCUCUUCUGUUGGUAUGAAGCUAAAUGUAACUUAUCAAGAGUUGAGAAAAUCAGUUGGACUUUUCGCUGGUAUUGGCCGCCGAAUUUCUUCAUUUUUUACUUCAAGUGAUGAUUCUGUAUCUCUGAUAAUUGAUGAAUGCGAUUUAUAUCAAAUGUUUGCUAAUGGACCGGCUAAAGAGAUUUUGAGUACUUUUUCUGAUACGGAUAGAUCAAAUAUCUACUUUACUGAUGUAAGCAAAUACCGUUCCGGUUUGUUAGUGUUAGUACAUAUAACUUCAACUGUAAAUGGAAUAUCCUACGAAGAUGGACUGGCAUUGUUCCGCAUAAUUUUAAAGGAUGAUGUUCCGUACGAUUGCAACAUUGUUUCCACUUUGCAAUUAUCAGAAAAUGCUCCUAAACCGGUUUCCUCCGAAGAUAAUGAAUGGACUUUACAUAUUUCUACUGGAAAUGCUGGAGAAUUUGUUUUUAUUAGGACAAUUGAUGACAUUUAUUAUUUAUUCGAAAGCAAUAUCAUUCCAGUAGUGAAUUUAUCGCGUUACGAACUCAUUCUUGGUUCUGGCGCAAUAAAUGGUGUAUUGCUAUAUAUUACUAGCCGUGGGGCAGUAAAUGCCUUAUUUCCUAAAGCAACAAGUUUAAUCAGUCUAACAAGUUCGAAACAUGAAAAUGCUUCAAAGCAUCCAAAUGUGGAAACAUCAAUCAAGUAUAAGGAUACUGCUGAACAAAUCUGCAAUGAUAUUUUUCCGACUACUGUUGGUCCAGUUUUAGACAAUUCAAUAAUCGAAGUCAGUAGGAAAUUAAUCGACGAACCUCCUUCGGCAGAUCCAAGAUGGGCACAUUCUUUGACUCCAGAAGGGACAUCUACCAGCUCUGUAAUAAUAAUCCAUCAAUUAGAAGAUAAACUACGCACGCAUAGUCAUUAUCUGGAGUUUUUGUCCAAUUUAAAUCUUCUAAGUAGAGUCACAGUAUGUAAUGUUAAUGAUCGAAAAAUUUCAACCCUCCGAAGUUUGUGCGAGCACGCCGAAAAAGUUUGUGCCGCGGUUGCCCUACGAAGUUUACAUAUAAAAAAUCCCGAAUUAAUCGACACUGUCAUUAAGCUGAUCAUGCAAGAUCGUGGUCUGAAGUCUUCAGUGAUUUUGACAUGGCAAGAUUUAUUUUAUAAAGAUGUUUCUAUGAUUGAUGACGUCUUGCCAUAUUUAGUAAAUUAUGAAAUGGAAAUGUGCCAAUCGCAACUAAAGCAGCCUGAAAAAAUAGGCCAGCUCGUAGAUGACAUAAGUUUUAUUAUUACGGAAGUGCUACAGGAUGCUUUAAGAUGUCGUAGAAAUUUUGAAGCUAAAUAUAUUCAAGAUUCUUCAUAUCAACAGUUAGAAUAUAUUCCUUGGACAGCUUCUACUGGUUUAAAAGGAGCUAGAACUACAUUUUUACAACAGAUUAGGGAUAGCUUAUUUACUCGCUUAGUGGAUUUGACUACUCUAAUUUUGACAGGUUACGAAGAUCAGUUAAAUUCUUUGAGAUUUUGCAAUAAUAAAACCAGAAUGAAGGAGGUGCUGGAAUCUUUUGAGAAGGAUCGUUGCACGCUUAUCAGGCCUCUUUUGGAUGGUAAGCAAACCGUAAGAGCUGCAACCUUGGCUGAGAAAUUUUACGAUUUUGAAUCGUUGGUUCGAUUAUGCGAAGAGGAUAAUAAUAAAGAUCAGUUGCAAGAAUAUAUGAUACAGUUUGCACAGCAGGGUUUUCCACAGUUUGUCUUCCAAUGGUACUUGAGUAGAGGUGAAUAUCGUAAGCUCCUGGAGUUACAUGAUUCUCAGGAUGUAAAUUUAAAAAACUUUUUGAGAUCUCGACCCAAUUUGAGCUGGAUUCACGAUGUAAAAAUUGGCGCAUUUACGGAUGCGUCACAUACAUUAAAAGAAUUAGCCGAAAACGAAAAGGACUUACUGUCAAGAAAAGAAACAUUUCUUAGCUUAAGUAAGCUAUCUCUUCUGGCAUCAUCGGAAGAGAAUAAUGCAAUGGAAUUAGCUGGAAGGCUGAAAGCAACAAAUACUGAGCUAGAUGUGGUCAAUUACCAAAUGGUAUUACCAGAAACGGUCGUCCAGGAAUUAUUCGGAUCUCCAGAUUCUAUGCCACCCUUAACAGUUCCAGACAUAAUUGAGGGUUUUGUCGGAGAUAAAAAUGAAGAUGCAAGUGAAUAUGACUUCAAAAACGCACUGGACCUACUGGAUCUUCGCGGGGUCAGUUCUAUAUUUUUGUCUUUAAGUAUUGGUUAUUAA